CCGUGAGGAAAGGAGAGUUGGUUCUGGCUGCUCUGAAAACGCAGUUGAAGAUAAUUUGUCUUUUUUGAACUUGCUAAUAUUAUGCAAGAACUACUAAUUUUUCUAAACCAAAGGCAGAAGAGUUAGCCUGUUACAUCAGUGUAAACUUAACAAUUUUUCAAGCCUGUGAAACUCAAGCCAUCGAUGGCACGUGAUGUUGGGACUUAGGACGAAAUACAUAAUCUGGAUAACUGAGUUGGCGGUUAGAACUACAUCGAAGUCAAGUCAUCCGCACGGCAGUUCCAAACCUUCGAUUUAAAGGCAGACUGUCAUCAAUCGUUGAACCGAUGUGAUGUUGCUGGAAGGAGAGAAACCGAACGAGGGGCGAGUAGAAUUUUUACGAUCCGAUUCGACCACGUGGGAACCAAUAUGCGAACAUGGACUGGGGCAUGAAGAGGCAUCAGUUAUUUGCCGGCAGCUCGGAUACCCUGGAGUCAAUCACAUCAUCCCGCACUGGCCUCUUGAAUCAAGCGUUGAUCUCGCAGAAUACAGAUUAUAUUGUACGGGAGAUAAUGACUACAUAGGAUGUUAUCCUUUACCUUCGGCUGCGUUCGAAGAGAUCCAAACCCAAUGCGGCUGUGGGCUCCAGAAUAGCGAUGAUUUGACAAUAAUCAACUGUGAAACCUUCUGCGAUCGCGCAAAUGGAGGCUUUGCUGGGAUCUACCGAGGAAAUUUAUGCCUAUGUGGAAGUAGCUCGUCACCCAUAAGUCAGUCCGAAAGAGUAGAUGAUCGGUUAUGCUCCUACCCAUGUACUGGGAGAACUAUUGAAAAAUGCGGGGGAUACUCUCACGUUGCACUUUUCAAGAGGCUUGGUACCGCGGAUUCGGAAGUUAGUGGUUCCACUGCUCCUCCGAGAGAGCUCGUCACAACGAACGGUCAAUCCACAUUUUCUUCUGGAGCUAUUAAUCUGUCGGGAAACUGUACCUGCACCCCGCAGACAGGAUCAUGGGCUUCUGAAGGAGUGCAGAUUUUCCUUAUAGCUUUCGUCAUAGCACUGAUUCUGUACGGAGUGGCCAUUUCUUUGUUCCACCUCCACUUCAGACGCACCAAUGUGUCACCUGUGACCGAAGAGGGCGGGCCAGACCCAUACAUGGAGCUCCAACCUAGACCAGGCAUGCCAGAUGAUGGAAAGACGUACCAAGAGAUCACUGUCACCCCUACAGCGUCGGCGAAAGGGCCAAGGGAGAGACGUCCCCCACAAGCAGACUUGAUCUACGAAAACCAGACAGUGGCCAAAUAUGCAAACAAGAUAUUGAGGGAGGAUGGUAAUGAUUACACCGAAAAUCCAUCGAUUAAAGACGUGUAGGUACCUAUAGAAUGCAAUCGGUAUAUAUAUAUAUAUAAGAAUGUUAUGAAAGACACGAUUUGGUUCGUCGAUGAAAAGGAUUCGAUUCAAUCAUUGAUGAUAAAUUCAUAAGAACAAAAACACAUAUUAUUCUAUUUGGACAAACAUCCACACGCCCAUGAACCCACACACACACAUACAGAUACUUUCUUUGGCGAUUAUGAUUAUUUUAUAUGUGUUAUUUCAUAAGUCUUUUUAAAACUCAAUAUACUUCUAUAUUCAUGACAUGAAAUUAGGGCCUAUCCCCCUUUAAUAUGGAUUUCGAUAUUCCCAUUAUGAUGUUUAUGUUUUAUAUUACUCUGCAAUCAAAACGAAAAUAAAUCAUUAAAUCAACUCCAAAAUCUCUAUCUGAGAUCACUAACUUCAAGUUUGGAGUUUGGAGAAAAGAUCAUUAUUACAUCCCUAUGGUUGAUUCGAUGAAAUUUUAAACUUUAGAGGAACUAAAAGCAAUUUGAAGUGCUUGAUUCGGCGAAUACAGCACAAGACACCCAUGUAUUAUUAUUAUUAUUAUAAAGUCUUACUUAUCCAGGGCAGCCUCAUCAGUGACGUACACUGUUCUCCCAGAGGGCCCUGCUACAUUUAAACACAUACAAAAGAAAAAACAAUGGACAACAAAAUUAGAACGAUACAAACAUAAUAAUGUUUAGCAAGUUGUGUCUUAUAGCCUGGGUUAAGAUCAACGGUUUCUCCAAUAUGAUGAAAUGAAUGAUUGCAAGGUUGCAGCCAUUCUUACUGCAGAUGGAAUAUUAUUCCACAGAAUUGAACCGUGUAUUGAAAUCCUUUUCUUUCCCUUCCUUGGUUUACACUUUUGUAUUAUGAUCCAAUAACUAUCAGCAUUUCUGGUACGGUAUGAGUGGGUGUUUGAUAAUUGGAUGAACACAUCUGAAAUAUAUUGUGGGCAACCAUUUAGGGCAUUGUAAACAAGUUUGAUUAUUUGGAUCUCAGAAGAUGCAGUCGAUAUUAUUGUUACCAUGGCCAUGCAUUCAUUUUCCUAAAAAAACCAAUUUGAGCAUAUUGCGAAUAUUUACAAUAUUCUCCACCGCAUCCACGACAGUCCUGUAUACAGGCAUCACAUAGACCGGAGUACACAGUAUAUACGAAGAAAAUCCUUUCUUUUAAGAAAUAUUUACUUCCUCAUUACAUUGCCCAACAAAAUACAUAUUUUCUCUCAAUCUCAACGAAGGCACGCUUUUGUUAAUUUGAUUUCUUGUUCAAAUAUUAUUAAUGGCUGAACGACUAAUAUCCUUUGUGUGAGACGGUGAAUAAUCAUAUCUGAUUGAUACACGUUUUAUUAGAAACGCAAUUACACACACACAAGGUGAAUUCAUUCAUGUUUACUGAAGUAUGCGAUGAGCUAGUCUUUGCUACGGAAGUUAUUGCCGUAUUUUCUGGUUGUCGAUAAUCCGACGACUUGAUACAUUUGAUUUUUCAAUACAUAACAAAUGACUGAAACGAUUCAAAGGAAGUCAUUUGUGUGAAAUAGUGAGAUCAUUAAUUUGCACACUUAUUGACGUAUGCGAUGAGGUAGUGUUUCUAUAAAAAAUUAUAAUAAUAAUAAUAUAGGGUAUUUAUAUUGCGCACAUAUCUACCUUGUUAGGUGCUCAAGGCGCUCCUAUAUUACCCGGCUAAGCUAGGCGUUCAUAGCGCACACAGCUUUAUAUGUGUUAUAUGUGUCUUGUUGAUUCAAAGACUCUUUUGUUAUUGGAUUUUUUUAACUAAUUAAAAGUUAUUAUUUUGUUAUUGAUUUGUUAUUGUUUUGUUUAUUGAUUCAUAAUACUAAUACAUAAUAAUAAUUUAUUGAUACAUAAUAAUAAUUUAUUGAUACAUAAUGGUAAUUUUGUUUAUUCGAUUUCGUGAUUCCAUAAUGAAAUGACUGUAUUCAUUCAAAGUAUGUAAUGGUGAGUUCAUUCAAUUAAUAUUUGACCAAAUUGUAUUUUCUUGGAUCGAAAUUAGUUCAAAUAAAAAUAAAAUUAAAUAAAGUCUAAUGUGCACUGUUACUAAGUAUGCGAUGAACUAUAGUCUUUGAUAAAGGAAUCAUUUAUUGUUUUAUUGAUUCAUAACAAAAACUAAUUAAAUUUGACUGUUUUUAUGCAUGAUAACUUUUUUUUAAUUAUUUUUUAUUAAUGCAUUUUAUAGAACAUAUCAAAAUGACUGGAACAAUUUAAAGAAAAACUUAUGCUCGAAAUCGUGAUUUCGUUUAUUUAAUUGACUUGAAUACUUUAAUGAACUAUGCGAUGAGCUAUUCUUUGAUUAAAACACACCGUAUUUUCUACUGAUUCAUAAGACUCUUGUUAAUUUGAUUUAUUGUAUACAGAAAAAAGACUCAAGCCAUUCAAGCUACUUUUCGUGUGUGUUUUAAGGAAUUGUGAAUUAUUGACUCUUUUGAUUUGUACAGUUACUGUAUCAUGCGAUGAGGUAGUCUUAGGUAAAGAUGCUAUCAUUUUGUUACUGAUUCAAAUGGCAUUGUUGUCUUUCUUUACGUAAUAAAAUAAAACCAUGGAAAGGAAAA